UGCCCAGGAACAACAGGGGAAAAGGCAGGGUCCUGGCUACUGACAAAGGCUGUCUCCACUUACAGUAUCUACCCUCCUCUCCAUCUAACUCUGGAUAUCUCUAUUUGAAGGGAAAACUGUGGCAAAAAGUGACAGUUGAAGCAACUCUGACCACCUCCUCUUGUCUGCUGGUCUCUCUGUCUCUCUUUCUCUCUCGCUCUCUCUCUGUCGCUCUCUUUUUGUCUCUCUCCCACUCUCUCUCCUUCUCACUCACACAUCGUCUCAGUGUGUGAAAGACUCUGCUGGCCCAAACCCCUGGGUUAGGACAAAGCUUGGUGUUUAUCUUCAGACGGUUUUUGCAUUGCCUCUGUAACCUUGACAGGAGAGAAGAGGAGAAACAAGGUUAAAGAGAAGAGUAAGAGGAGAGAGGAUAGAUAUCUUUUGACAAAUCUACCUUUGUCAUGGUGUCUCUUUUUUGACACACACAGUCAAGGUAACUGAAGUACAUUGAGACAUUGAGGAGAGACUUUUUACUCCGGGACUUGAUUCUCAGUAACUCAGAUAUUCACCUUUUGACUUGUCGUCACCUGUGAUUUGGGACCAUUGAGAACAGGUGAGAAUGCGGUCCAGGAGCAGCACAGCCAUGGACGGCCCAGAUGACGGACAGAUAAACCAGGUUACCCAGCCCACCAAAGCCUUCACCAAAGAGGAGGAGGAGAACACACCAGAGCUGAUGAAGAGAAAAAUGAAAAUGAAAGUCCAGCGAGCGGAGAAACAGAAAGAGGGGAAGAUCCAGACGGUGGUGCCUGGAACAGUGAAAAGGCCCCAGAGAACCCCAGAGAGCAGCAGAGGGCAACAUAAUGCAGCAGGGGUGACGGAUCUCUCUGAGGAGGACUUGCUCCGUCUGCUGGGGGUCAUGGAGGGAGAGGUGCAGGCCAGAGAAGAUAUCAUCCACAUGUUGAAGUCAGAGCGUACCCAACCCGAAGCCCUGGAGGCCCAUUAUGGCUCAGCUGCCCCCACCAAACCCCUCCAGGCCCUGCAGAGAGACAGCCUACUGACCAACAACACUACAACGCUAGGGGACGACGUUUACCAGAUGCCCAUGCAAGAGUUGGACCGGCUGGAGGACAAGCAUCGUGAGACGUACCGGCGUAUGCUGGAGCAGCUGCUGCUGGCUGAGAAGUGUCACCGCCGCACGGUUAACGAGCUGGACAAUGAGAAACGCAAACACACCGACUUCAUGAACAAGAGUGAUGACUUCACCAACCUGCUGGAACAGGAGAGGGAGAGAUUAAAGAGGCUGCUGGAGCAGGAGAAGGUGUACCAGGCUCGUAAAGACAAGGAUCAGAGCAGGAGGCUAGAGAAGGUCCGUGAGGAGCUGGUCAAACUCAAGUCCUUUGUCCUGAUGCUGGUGGACGAGCGGCAGCUCCACAUCGAGCAGAUCGACCAGCAGAGCCAGAAGGUCCAGGACCUCAGCAGCGAGCUCCAGGAGAGAGAACACCGACUGGUCGCUGUCAGCGGCAACGCCAAGGAGGACAGCCAGAAGGUCCUCAAACUUGAGGCGGAGCUAGAGUGCAAAGCCGCCAAGUUCACCCAGGAGCGUGAGGCGAUGACUGCCAAGCUGGCCAACCAGGAGUCCCAGAGCCGCCAGCUCCGCCUGAAGCUGGCAGGCCUGGCCCACAGGAUCGAGGAGCUGGAGGAGAGCAACAAGGCACUGCAGAAGUCAGAGGAAGACCUCCUGGAGCUGAGGGACAAGAUCAGUAAGGGUGAGUGUGGGAACUCCAGCCUCAUGGCGGAGCUGGAGACACUGCGCAAGAGAGUCCUGGAGAUGGAGGGCAAGGACGAGGAGAUCACCAAGACGGAGAGCCAGGCCAGGGAGCUGAGGAAGAGGCUACAGGAUGAGGAGACCACCGGCCGGGAGCUGAGGCUGGAGGUGGAGAAACUGCAGAAGAGAAUGGUGGAGCUGGAGAAACUGGAGGGGGCUUUCAACACGAGCAAAUCAGAGUGUGCAACACUCCAUAUUAACAUAGCAAGAGAGAAAGGACUGGCAAAGGACUUAGCUGGUGAGCUGGACACAGUGAAAAACCGUAUGAAAGAACUGGAGAACUCUGAGUCGAGACUUGAGAAAGCAGAGAUGGGCCUAAAGGAUGACCUGAUGAAGCUGAAGUCAUUUACAGUGAUACUAGUGGAUGAGAGGAAGAACAUGACUGAGAGAAUUAAACAGGAGGAGCUAAAGAGUGACGAUUUAAAUAAGAUGUUCAAAACUGAGCAGGGUAAGGUUAUGGAGGUCACAGAAAAGUUGAUUGAGGAGAGCAAAAAAUUCCUCCGACUGAAAUCAGAAAUGGAGGUAAAAGUGACGUUUCUUACUAAAGAGAAAGAUGAACUGAAAACGAAACUCGCAAGUGAAGAGGAAAAAUGCAGGGAUCUUAGCUUCAAGGUCGGCGUGAUGAAAAAUCGGAUGAAGGGGCUAGAGGAGGCAGAAAGAGAAUCAUUAAAAAGCAGAGCUAAUAAGGACAAGAGAUCCCUAGACGAGCACAACAAAGUCAAGGAGCUAACGCAGGAAAUCGAAAGACUCAAAAACCACCUUAAACAGCUAGAGGUGGUGGAAGGUGACCUGAUGAAGACAGAGGACGAGUACGAAUUACUGGAGAAGAAGUUCCGAACGGAGCAGGACAAGGCCAAUGCCCUCGCUCAGCUGCUGGAUGAGAUGAAGAGUCAGACUGCCAUGAACAAGGCCAUAGAGAAGGGAGAGGCAGUGAGCCAGGAGGCUGAGUUGAGGAUGCGCUGCAAAAUAGAAGAGGCCAGAGACCUGCAGGCAGACGUCCAGGCCCUCAAAGAGAAGAUCCACGAGCUGAUGAACAAGGAGGACCAGCUCUCCCAGCUGCAGGUGGACUACUCCCUCCUCCAGCAGAGGUUCCUGGAGGAGGAGGACAAGAAGAAGAACCUGAGCCAGGAAGUGGUCAACCUCACCAAAGAGCUGGAGGUCACCAAGCGCUACAGCCGCGCCCUGCGUCCCAGUAUGAAUGGGAGGAGGAUAGUAGACGUCCCAGUCACCUCCACCGCAGUGCAAACAGACGUAGUGAUCAAUGAGCUGGCUGAGGAGGACACACCUGCAGUAUUCAUCAGGAAAUCUGUCCUGGAGGAGAACCAUAUCAUGAGCAACCUGAGGCAGAGGGGUCUAAAAAAGCCUGCAACCGUGCUGGAGCGCUACCCCCCUGCAGCCACCGAUCUGGGCAUGAGAAAAUCUUGGAUACCCUGGAUGAAAAAGAAUGAUGCGGUGACAAUCACUCAGACCACCCCAGAGAAGACCCCAACCCCUCAGGUUAACGGGAAAUCUUCGCCUCAUCCACCCGAGCUGACCAUGUCCCAAAAGCCAGGCCAGCCUCUGCACAUCCGAGUGACCCCCGAUCACGAGAAAAGCACUGCCUCCUUGAAGAUCACCGGCCCUCGUGCUGAGGACUUCUUCUCCAGCGCCACCAUCAUCCCCACCCUGGGCCUUCAGAGGCCCCGCAUCACCAUUGUUCCCAAGCCCACCACUGUGUCCUCAAAGAGCAAGCCAGGUGAGGGCAUGAUGGGGGGGCCUGAGCGGUGCAAGUCUCCAGUCACCAUCACCACCAUCUCCAGGGCCAAGUCCCCAGACAGGAGUAAGGGUUCCUCCUACUCAGACUCGAACAGACCCCUCUUCCCCGUCCCCAUCAUCACAGUGAAAACCACUCCAGUGGCAGAGGCCUUUGCCUCCGCCUCCCCUGAGCCCCAUGACAUGAGCACCAUGGGCCGGGCUGUGUUCAAGGUGACCCCAGAGAAGCAGACGGUGCCCUCGCCUGUCAGAAACUACAACUCCAACGCCAGUAUCAUCACCACCACAGAGGACAACAAGAUCCACAUCCACCUGGGAGCUCAGUUCAAGAGGCCAUCGAACCGCAGCAGUAGCAGCCCCACAGUGACAGUCAGGCCCCUUAGUGUGAGCACAGAGAGCAAGGAGGCACCGACGGAUACGGUGCUGCGCUCCCCGCGUCACCCCAACAACACCACCGUGCCUGGGAAGACCACGCCCAGCAAAUUGACCAGCAGCAUCACCAUCACCCCCAUCACAUCUGCCCUCUCCAGGCCAACUCAGUCUGUGUUGCUUCUUAAAUGUUUCAAAAUGAUAUCAGGUGGGGUCUGCUCCCUAGAUAGCACUCUUUCCAGCCCGGGGCGGAUGUGCAGUCAUCUCGGGCCGCGGCCACACGAAUCCCUAUGCCAAAAGGAAAUGUUGUGCACCAUGUGAUAGUUGAGCCCAGAUGAGACAGUGAUGUGGAACUUCCUUCACCUUCUCUGACAAGUGGCCUGCACUGCAACCAUAUGGCCAACUGUCAAACAACGAUCAGCAAAUAGACAGUCAGCACUUAGCAGACUGUCAUGGAGAUGAUUUCUAACCUCGGGAGCACCUAACAAGGCUCUAUUUUCAAUUCUGUGGGUUUUCUGAUAGCAUUACCACUGGAUUCUGGCUUACAUCACUUUGCGAAGUAGGGCCACAUGGAGUUGUUUAGGAGGUAUGCAAAGUGUACUCUACAGUAGCUUUGGUCCAGGGUGUUACGUGUGGCUUGACCCUUCUUCAAUGGAAGGCUUGACUCAAGCCACACGUAACACCCUGGAUCAGAGCUAACUCUGCAGCGGUUUGUAUGUGAGGAACGAUACAUGGCUAAGAUUCACUUAAGAAGAGUAAGAAGUGAAUCUCCCAGAUGCCUAAGCUAACAUCCCUGAGGAGGGGCAGUGGGUCAGUUAUUUGUUUAGAAGACAGAUAUUUUAUUGUGAUGGUGUUGAUAGAUAUUCACAGCAGUGCUAAAGAAGAAUCACCUUUAUUCGCCAAAUACAUUUCCAUGUACAGGAAUUUGACUCGGUGAAAUGGUGCUGCUACAGAGUUACAGACAGUAAAUAAAUGGACAGACAAAAAAUACAGACGCAGAAUUUACACAAUCCACAUACAGUAUGUACACAGGAGCUAAACACGAUAGACUAUACUAUAAACGCUUCAUAAGCUAUAUAAUAAGCUACAUUAUAACUAUGUGUAGAGAUUGAUGAAUAAAAACAAAUUAGAGAAACAAUUUAACAGGAUGAUGUACAAUGGGGGAAAUGUACUGAACAAAAAUAUAAACGCAACAUGUAAAGUUUUGGUCCCAUGUUUCAUGAACUGAAAUAAAAGAUC